UUUUGAAGCUGCACAUUCUCAAAUAUUAUGGCGAAACUUGUAGCGGUGUGUAGAGACGAAACCGACUUCGCAUUCGAGCGUCGACAAAUCCCUCUGAAUAUUGAGGAUGCCUUAACGGUAAUUAAGAAUUUGUGUCCAUUGUGUUUUAUCUCCUUCGGUGGAGAAUACAAAUCUGUGAGCGUUUUGUGUCAUCCGCCGUGUUGUUGUCUUCCUUGUUGUCCUAGAUGGUAAUGGAAAUUCCAGAAACUGUGAUUUCUACUCGAGAAGUCAACGAAUACGAAGUACAGUCGUUUCAAAAGGUGAGUUUAAUUUUUCUGUCUUUCUUCCCCCGCUUGUGUAUUUUUAGACAGUUCUGAAGUCUCCCGAGAAGUCUUUUCUUGAGCUGAAAUGGUUCUAAUCGGUUGAGAUGCUACUUUUAUUAUCAGCGUCUCGGAUUAACACGAGUAAAUCAGUUGGCAGUUAGGGUGAAAAUUAUAUAAACCAGACUGAAUCGAGAUUAUUUCUAGAGAUACAAAUCGAGCAUUAGCAUUUAACCGCGCACCGACUUCGACAAAUUGGUCAGUUUAUGAAAUUAUAUUUAGUGAUUGGCUAGUGUGAAACAAAUUUCGUAUCAACCACCGUGAUUCUUGGUGGUAAGAACUCCAGUUGUCUUCGUUCUUGAUGUAAACACUGCAUGUGAUCGUGGUGGCUGAUUUUACUUUGUCAGCAAAUUCAGUUGUCCUGAUUGAGUUUCUCCCUCUUUGCAGCGUUUUCAAUGUCUUAGCGCCGAUGAUCUUGCGGUUGCGACGAUGGUAAGACAGAAAGAUGUUUUAUCCUUCCUGUCCCACUCGGUGCCUUGUGUUGGUUGUCGGAGAAGGUAUCGAAUGUUUCUAUUUUCAUAUUAUUUCCUCAUCACUGUUAAAUUAAUUAUUCACUAUCGCAAACGAAAUCUCAGUAACAUUCAUAAUUGAUUUUCUAAUCAAUGAAGUUUUUAAUAGCUUCGUUUUGACUUGAAGUUGUUGUAUCCCAAUGUGGUGAUGUGUGAAAAAGGUGACAUUCUAUUUAGUAUAAAUGUGUGAUAGUAAUAUUGGAAGAGCAGUGGCAGUUCUCUUACUGAUAUUGUGUUUUUAUACAUCAAUGUAAGUUGUCAAACUCUCAAAUGAUGCCUGAGAGGGUAUGCCAAUUUCAUUCAGUUUUGUAGCCGGCUUUUUUCACGUCAGCUGGAAUGUUUUUCUUAUCUCUUAACUAUAUGACUGUUCAUCACCGGAAAAUGUGUUACAUAACAAAUAUUUUUGGCUUUUAGUGUUGCCCAGCACUAUCAUUUAAACCAGACUGAACAAACACAAAUUUGAAAUCACUUAAGUGAAAGCUUUUUGAUUUUUCAGUCACCAAAAGGCAUCAUGGGUAUAUUCUGCUGUUUUCUAUCUAGAUUCAGGAAUUUUUCAUUUAUCAUUCAUCAUUCAGAUUUGUCCUCUGGCUUGAAGGAUUUCAGGUUAAUAAUUGUUGCCUUAGGUUCCUGAGAUGAUCAUGAGCUCAUUUUGAUUAAUUUAUCCAUUUGUAUUUUGUUAUUUUCACAUGCAAUCUGUAAGGUUAAAGGAAUUUUAAGUGACAUUGUAUCAAAGGUCAAAGUCAAGGCACAAACAAAUAGAAUUCUGCUGCAAGAGUCAAUAGUCAACCUCUAUAAAUGUGGCCAAAGUAUUGAUGGAUUAUGUAACAGCUUGUUGUCCAAGAUUUCUCAGUCAAACUAGCUAUGAGCUCUACAGUCAUUGUAUAUACACUUUAAGCUGCUCGGGUAUUCUAGCUUGGCAUUUGAUUUUGUUGUCAUCUUCUGAUGGCUUGUGUACUCUGUAAGCUUGUAGAAUUUCAUACCUUGCCACCCAAUCAGAGGUUACUGAAGGAAAUGUGAUAGAUGUUGAUGAUAUUGCUUCCUAGCGCUAAUUUCUCUGCAAAUCUUGCAUCAGGCCAGCCAUAGGGAAAGCCCUGGAGAACUAGAUUCUCAAACAACUACAUUCUUAUACAAUAAUCAGUGUUGACAUCAGUUUCUCUAAAUAUCGUAGUGUUGUGUUGAACCAAUUAUUUUUUUGAGUGUUUGCUUUUCUUUGACGCUUAUUGACUCUUGUUAGGCAUCAAAUGAAAUAUGAUGCAAUAUUCACCUAAUUUUUCAACCAAUAACCUUUACACAGUAUUGAGCGAUUGUACAAUCAGUUAGUGGAAUCGGGACAGCCUGCAUUGGAACCUCUGAUUAUCACAAACAGUGGAGGUAUGCAUUUUACUGUUUUUUUAUGUAAGGGUAACAGACUGAUAAAUUAAGUAAUUUACAGAUGUACAAUUGAUGAAAAUUCAAAUACUCCACUCAGCUACACCUAGAACAACUUGAAUAUUUUUAACUUACUUCUCAUUCUGUAACUUCAUGAAUUAAAGGUCUCUAAUCCUUGUAGCAUUGAAGCUGUGUUCUUUUCAUUGACUUAGAUUUCUUUUCGUUGGUCUUUCGUUAACGUCACACUUUGUUCUCUUAAUUAACAUUGCAGUCUUGACAAUGGAUAGUUCAUUUCUGAAAGACCCAAAACUUGUGUAUGCACUAUUUUAUAAACAUGGGUAAGUGCAUUUGUGAUUAUGGUAUGUGAUGGCCAGUGUAUCAGACUUCCAGUAUAAGGGAUGUUUGUGCCCAAAUGGUUGCACUGUGAACAUUAUGUUUAUUAAAAAAAUCUAAAAUGUUUGGUGCACAUACAGUGUCAAUGUAAAUUCUAUAUUUACUGGCACUAUGCACAAGCAUACCUUAGACAGAGUCUUGUUGUGAUCAUAAAAACUAGUGCUUUAUUUAAAUUUUAUAUUAUUAAUUAAUCCCUCACCAUCAGUUUUGUAGCUAUUAAAGCAACUUAAAUUGCACUACGGUUGUAAGUUGUUUCAAAUUUCAUGAGGAAUGAUCAUAAUUUCCAGUAGUGAAGUAGUUCAUUUAGAUUGUGUUGUUCUAUUUUGACUUUACCAUUAUAUUCCUUCUAGCUUUUUAGAUGGUUAGGAGUGCUCUCGGGGUUCGGUCUGUGCAUCAUGACCUCUAGCCAGAAAUCUUUCUGUCUGGCCUGACCUAACUCAGCCAAAAAGCAUUUUAUUUUGCCACCACUGUUCUUUCUUUAUGCUUUCUUUCCUCUUUUAACUCCCAGGCUGCAGGGUGGUUUGGCUCUGUGUGCCCUUGUUCAUAUCAUUGUGUGCUAGGUGCUCCUAGGGCAAUACGGCUCAUGUGAUAAUAUAAUUAUUAUUUCUCUACAGAUCCAGGUUAAGUGAGAUGGUUGAAUCUAUUCCUAAGAGCAGAAGAAACAGGUUUUGUAUAUCUCCUUCUUUCAUAACAGAUAAUAAUGUUCCAUGUAUAUUUUUUAUUAGUCAGAAUCAGAUGUUUGACUGGUUAUGUUGCCUUAACUGUUUAACAAUUGAUUGAUUUAUUGAUUUGAUUGAUUGAAUGUCAAGGUACAUGUAUAUAUUGGCUGCACACUUUGUAAUUUGCCUCUGCAUAUCAUGUCUUGUAGGAGGUGCCCUUUGCAUUCAUUGGAAACGCACAAAUCAAGGCCAUCAGGGUAAAUAUCAGCAAAUGUUUUUAAAUAAUUUACUACAUACACCAGAUACAGGGGCAGUGUAUCUCAGAGACUUUUUCUUACAUUAGUUUAAAGGUAAAUGUUUUGCCUUGGAAUACAGAGUUUAUAGCCCUUAAUUAGAAGUGAUAAAAAACAGUUGGCUGCUAGUUUGAGCAACAUUUCACAGGUUAUGAUGAUGAUCAUGUUCAACAUGAUAACUUUAAAAAUGUGCAUGUGUCUUUGAAUGGGAAAUAUAGGGGCAUGAAACAGGGUUAUCAAAGAAAAGAAGAGCUAACAUGUGGCAGAAAUAAUCAGGAAUACUUUUUUCUACUGAAAUAUUCCUUCGACUUCAAAUGAAAGAUUGCAGAACAGCCUUCUGCUUCAUCAAGAAAACUUCCAAAGUUUGAACCUAAAAACUCUGCAUGACAAAUAAAAUAUAUGUUUUUUAUUAAGACAAUUCCAGUAGGAGUGAAAAGCAAGAGUAGAAUUGGAAAAAAUUUUUACAAAUAUGGAAACAUGGUAACUUUUCUGCCAUAUCUAUAAAGACUGUUUCUGAAAAAUUCUGAUGCAUUAUAAUCAUUGUUUAGAGAGAUUUUCAAAUGUAUUUUGUUGUUAAUUCAUUCAUAUCUUUAUCUCUACAGAAGCUGGAUAGAUGUGUGGGAUUUACUGUCACAGGAAUGUAGGGAUGAGGUACUUGGCAUUGCUUGUACAUUUAUAGCAAAUAAUGGUUAGGAAACUUGCCCCAGUGUUUUGAAGGUUGGAUAAUUUUAUCCACUGAAUAGAUCUCUGUCUGGUGGAUAGCUCAGUAUGUUUCACAAUCACUCAUCUGUUGAAUAGCCUCAUAUGCCCUCUAUGCAACUGGUGCCUGUUCUGUAAGACCAUGACUCUCAGCUAUAUUGAACUGUUGUAACUUAAUUUCAUUGUAACUUUGGAUCACAAUAUCCUCUGUUGACCCAUAGGACUUGCAACAUAGUGGGAUGCAACCAAACAUCCUACAAUUAAUCUUAAAAAGCGCAACAAAAUCAACUAUCAGAAGCCAAGGUUUGACAUUGUUUGAAAUAGUAAAAGACAUGAGUUACUAAUGACACUUCACCCUUGUUUUGAGAGACACUCUCACCUAACGCACAGGAAUGCUUGACUGUAAAACUGAUAUGAUAUCAUUUACAAUUAUCCCAAUGACCAAAAGAUGAUAAAAAGGCAUUUAAUUGUCACAGUGUACUAACAAAUUCUUUUCCCUCAAACAGGUGGUGCUGAUUGACUCUGAUGCUCUGCUUGACACAUUGGAAAAUUACCUCAGAAAACAUAGGUAAGUGUACUUAGAUGAUCUUUCUGACAUUUGUAGAUUUUUUCUACAGAUCAUGAGUUACUUUAUCCACUGCCCUGAACCCUUUCACUCUCAAGAUAAAAAGAUCAAUGCUCUGCUUUGUACUUCAUACAUUUAUUAUGGGUUUGGCUUUGAUAAUUUUUUGUCAAAUAAAACAAUAUAUCCAAGUUUAUGUUCUCCUUUCUUUCACAUUACCCUAUUUGAAUGUGUGUUAAUAUUGUAAGGAGAAAUUUCUUUUUGGUCACACUAGGGAGUACAUGUGCAUGUUUUAUUUUACCAUGUAACUCCUAUAACUGACAUAUUUUAUGUGUAUAGUAUGGUCAUAAUGUUCUGCUUUCAACCAGGAGACACAUGUGCACUGUUCAGACAAAAGCUGUUCACUUGAAGUUCAUCAUGAUUACUUAGCUCAGUGUAACUUAUUUGUUGUUGUUGUUGUUGUAGAUUUUGUACUGAAUGUAAAUCAAAAGUUUUGAGGGCAUACAGUAUUCUGGCAGGAGAUUUGGAUGGACCAAGUGAAAAGGGGUAGGUAUGAAGUUAUGUAAAGACAACAAUAUACCUGGUGAGGGUGCUUAAUUUCCUUAGCUGUGAGCUCAGUUUGAUUUUAGACCUGUUGUAUCAGAAGUUUGGAUGAUUUUUUGGCCUUGCUAGAGGAUUUCUAUAGGAUUCUCAAGUUUCCUUUCAUGAAAAACUAGCCUGUGAUGCAGUUGUCUUAAUAGGGGUCAACAUUACAAGUUUGCAAUCAGUUAUUCCUCUGUCCAUGUUUGGUAUAGCACUAGAGUGGACAGAAGGGGGGGGGUCUCCUUUCUUUUGACUGUUGCUCACCCCUUGGUACAAUUUGUUUUCUCUCCCCAGCCUUUCCACUGCUGUAAAAAUCAAAGACAGCAGCUUAAUUUUCACCUAGAAAAUACAGAGUACUUGCUUGCCAAAACUACACUUGCUCUGCAGGCUAUUGAAAACCUGAUAAGUAGAUUGAUAUGUUCUGUGCUUUUUUAAAACAUCUCAUAGAUUAACAAGCAAUGUUUCUUUCUGACUCAUCUAGUUACUGUGCUACUUUGUAUGAUGGUCUUAAAAGCUGUCCUCAAGACCGGCAUGUCCAUGUACUGUGUGAUACAGACUACAUUGCACAUUUAAUUGGACGGGCAGAACCAGAGCUGGCUGGAGGGUAUGCAAUACUUGUAUCCUGUUGUAGCUCAUGACAGGGCUUUUCAAAAGCAUCAUUAUUUUUCAUGUGGUUCUGGUCGCCUACUUUUUGCUUUUCAUUUAACUUGGUUUUAUACAAGAAAUUAGGCUGAUUAGUAGAAAUGAAAAGCUUUUCACUCAUGGGAGCUUUAAGGAGCUCUGUUGCUAUAGAUUAUUUCCUGUAGUGUGAUACUGCUGUUGGGUGGAAGAGUGUAAGGGUGCUAUCCCUUCCCCCCGUGAACAGGGGAAGAAGUGGUAAUUUAACAUGAUCAAAAGCUAGAGAUGCUUAAAAAUGCCUGUAAAGCAUCAGUGGAGAAGCUCCGCCAACCCCUCUCUCUAGAGAGAACCUUGCUUUAAGCACUACUUUUUUUUAGAUUCGUUCCUGAAUUUUUUCUUAACCCUUUACAUCUUAACAUCAGCAUGUAUAUUCUCCAUACUGUUAAAGGGUUAAGAGUGUGGCGUACCGCUAAAGUAGAUUCAAAACACUUCGCUAACAGAGUACUGGCUUCGAUUCAUAAGCUUCUCUUUUAUGUGUUGUGAUAGGAGGAGAGAAAGGCAUGCUAAGACACUGGACAUUGCCCAGGAAGAGGUAGGAAAAAUUUUCGCUUUAAGUUUGUUAGAACUUCUAUGUGGUGUCAAUCGGUUGCUUUAUGUUGAAGGAUAUUCUUUCCACUUACCAAUAUCGUUAUAUUCCCUAAAACUACUUUUCCGCAACAAGGUUAGCUGGUGGUUAGUAUCGGUGAGGUUUCUUUCCGUACUAAUUUAAACCAUCUUAUUUUCGGUCCAUCUUGAAGGUGUUAACGUGUCUCGGUAUUCACCUGUGGGAAAGACUUCAUCGACUGUGGCAGAAACUGAGGGCUGAGGAGCAAACGUGGCAGAUGCUGUUUUAUCUGGGGGUGGAAGCUCUAAGGAAAAGUUUUGAGGCAAGAUAAGAGGCGCUUUCAUUUUAUUUGUUGACUUUCUAUUCAUUAUUUGCUGAGGAAUAGUUGGAUUGACCAGAGUUUGAAUAGAACGAUUGAUUGAAUAAACAAGAACCGAAUUCCGUAGCUUCACGGAACGAUCAACGGAAUCUCUAACUGUUAAUCCAAUCAAACCAAAAUCACACGAAGGUAUGCAAAAAAGAAAACAAACAAGCAAAAAACAGAAAUGAACAAACGAUCCACAAUAGUUACGGAGUGAAAUAAAGAACGAGGGAACAAACUACAUGAUCAAACGAAGAAAAACCAGGUUAUUUUACCUGUUGAUUAUCUUUACAGAACUUGACCAUAGUUCCAGCAACAAGUAAUGUUGGUUGGCGAUGUUUUGCGUUUCUUUUUACAUGGGUGUCGUUUUGACUUUGUCAGGUGGCGGUUGAAGAAAAGCAAGGCAUAUCACGCCUGGAACAAGUCGUCGAAGAGAUUUCUGAGGCGGAGAGAGCCAAGGAACUCAGAAGAGAGCAGAAGCGAUUGAAAAAGAAAGCGAGACGCAAAGAGAAAUGUAAAUGUGGUACUCACUUAACUAUCUCGACAGCGAACAAUGAACUGCAAAAAGAGGAAACUGCGAAAAACGAGGAGGAAUUGGUAGAGGAAGAGGUAUGUACGAAUGAGAUCGUGGAAGAGACAAGGGAUAUGAAUGGACAUGGCGAUAGCUGUGAAGAUGAUGAAGACGACGGAGACAGUGGCGGUUCACCGUGCAGUUGUGAAGACUUGAGCAACUCUGAGCGAAGCAAGAGCAAAAAAUCGGGUUUUAGGAAUGGUGACUGCGGGUACGUAUCUUUUCCAGGUUACCAGACCCAGUUGCUCAAAGGGUGGCAAACGCUAUCUAAAGGAUAAAUCGCUAUAUAAAGGAUAAAUUCCUAUCUAGCGGGUAAGUGUGAAGUAAAGGUGCUGGGCUAUACAGUGGAAUAGAGAUUUAUUUAGUGGGAAGUGUUAUCCAACCUUCAAACAACCGGGGCCAGAUUGUUAGCAUCGAAAACACUUUUGUGUAGCUUGUUACGGAGAAAGUUGAUAAAGUACUUCAGAGUUAAACCGACGCUAAAAUUGCUAGUUGCCUUUCCUGGUUGAUCUUUUGCGCCUUAAAAUAAGUAUGUAUGGCUAUGUAAGGCUAUUUUCCUUUCAUUUAUUGACUUGAAGUGAUCUGUUGUAGGUACGUAGCAGAGUACAAUAAAUGGUCCAGGAUGGUACACCAGAGUGGAGACAUGUGUAAUCAUGACGAAGAUUCUUCGAUGCUAGGAGGAGAGGAAGAGGAUAUAUGUACAGAUUGUUUGAGUGGGAGCCCAAUUAGUGGUGGAUCUCCACAGAGCAAUAAUGGAAAGGGAAGAAAGAAGAAGGGCAAAAACAAGGAGAAGAAGGUAAACAUAUAAGCCUCCUAUCCACACCCCUUCACGAUGCUUGAUUAGUUAUCUCUUUUCACUCCCAUGAGCGACCAAGAGAGAAUUUCUCCUAACAAUACCAAUAGAAUAUCAAUCAGACAAGUGAUGAGAAUAAAGAAAAAUAUCAUUUAGGGGAUUAUAAGUUGAUCCAAUAUCAAAUUCUCUAAACUAACAUCGCAAGAACUGUAUGGCAGACAGUUAGGAGAAUUACUAAUGAGAUCUUGGGAGUUAAAGGGUUAUUGUGCGGUAGUUUCAAUCGUCAUGCAAUCUUGUCACUCUAACCAAGGCGGUCACGCUUUUUUGCCGUGUGAAGCUUACGUGACUAAAGGGAAGAUGCCAAAUGUAAUUUUGCAAAUCGUUACUUUGUUCUUCCUCACCGUUAAGUCAAUGAAAGUAUUCACUCAUUCAUUCAUUCAUUCAUUCAUUCUUCAGUCUUCAAUAUUGUUUUUCUUCAUCUAUCUCUUUAGCAAAACUCGCCGAGACAUGAAAAGCAAGAAAAGCUUGUAGAAAUUAUUGAUGACGAAGAAAAACGGCUCCUGAAGCUAAUGGGUUGGAAGGAUGGAGGAACAGAGUCAAUGGUGAGUUAUUUUUAACUAUACUUCCGUCGCUCUACGACGAUUUAGGUUUUCCCCUGGGAUCCGAUACCCCCAAGGGUAGAAUAUCCCCUGAUCUCAAACUUCCUGUUGCGUCACGACUUGUGCUUCUUGAAAAAGAAAGCUUAAGUUUAGAUAGUCUUUUUUAAUUUUUAUGUACAGUCAGCUUAAAUCUUCUCCAUCCUUAGCUAUCUUUACUUCAUCCUAGUCUAUCUUUAACUUAUCUUCGUUUGUCUUUAUUAUCGUGUUAGUAUUUUGUAUUCUCCGUCACGUUGUGCACCACUGAGCCAGUUGCGACUGGUCACGCGAUCAUAAAUUAAUGCGAGAGGUUACGUCACACAAAUGUAUAUCGGGAUCGUGAACAACAGGACGCUUUUCUCUAGAUUGGUAUACUAUCGAUUAAACUUUGUCGUCUUUCUUCAUUUUACAUCAUAGGAGUGUUUUUCGUCGGAGGAAGAUCUCUGUAUAUCCGAGCAGGAAAUUCUACGGUUCAAAGCGAACCAAUCGUCAGUGUCACAGCAGCGACGGAAGCUUCGAGAGAAACUUCGCCAACAAUUUAACAAUUUGACGCUUAAGGAGGGUCUUAACGUCGCUAUUGUUCAUUAG